AAUGCAGAUGUCCCUUUUAAGAAAGUUUCUACUUGUUGGUGGUAUCAUAUUGCACUGGCAAAAUAUUUUGGCUCAGAGUGUUGGCGGUUGUAAUAAUGAUUCAGAUUGUAUAGAAAAUGCAAAUUGCGAUGUUGAUUCAAACCAAUGUUUUUGUGACAUGAACUCUGCCCCAUUCCAAAAUGUUCCAUCAGAAUCUAUUGUGUGCCAAGUGGGUGCCUGUUCCCUGGUAGAGAGAGAAGACGAAUGUGGACCACGUGGAAAAUGUAAAAUUCCUGAGGAUAUUUUUGACUACCCUGUCUGCUUCUGUCACGGGGGGUUUUUUGGACCAAGAUGCAUGGAUCUAUGUGAAAGGAACAGUGACUGCAAUGAGGGAACAUGUGUUGAAAAGGGGGGACAGAAAGUUUGUGACUGCCCACCAGGUACUACGGGUAGCCAAUGUCAAGUAAGAACAACGACAGUGACCACACCCAUGACGACCACAAGGAGAAGCCGACUAGGGGGCGUGGUUUUAGCUGUUGGAGGAGGUAUCGGACUACUAGCCCUCCUGGGAGUUGCAGCUGCCACCUCAGCUGUAUCCGGAUAGCAAAAGCCAUCAUCGAGGAACAUGUUUUAUAUACAUGUUAUAUUUCGAAAUAAUAAAUUAAA